GUUAAAGUUCCACUCAAUACAACAACGUCUCGCAGCUUCCAUGCUGCACAGAGGCAAAUAAAGGGAACUUAAACAGCUCUGUGUGUGGUUGCUGGUUAGUUGACGAAAGAGUAAAAAGACAAAUGGAGCUCACGGCUGAUUGUGUAUAGAAAUUGCUUUGGGUUUUAACUAUCGGACUGCUGACUGCGACAAAGAACCACCGGAUGAAGGAGCGUUCACAGGAUGGCGGGAGUGUUCGACAUAGACUUGGAAACUGAAGACCUCAGCGAUACAGAGGAUGAUGUCUGUGACUUGACUGUAACAGAACCAGAGAAUGUGCAGACGGAGGAGGUGGAGUUGACCAGUGAGAGUGUCAACAGAGACAGUGAGAGAGUGGGACCGGACUGCUUUGAGCUUCUAACCGUGCUCGGAAAAGGAGCCUAUGGCAAGGUUUUCCAGGUGAGGAAGGUUCAAGGUGCCCAGACUGGAAACAUAUUUGCCAUGAAGGUCCUGAAAAAGGCGAAGAUAGUGUGUAAUGCUAAAGACACAGCCCAUACACGAGCAGAGCGGGAGAUCCUGGAGACCGUGAGACACCCGUUCAUCGUGGAUCUGCUCUACGCCUUCCAGACUGGGGGAAAACUCUACCUCAUACUUGAGUGUCUGAGUGGAGGUGAGCUGUUCAUGCAGCUGGAGAAGGAGGGAAUCUUCAUGGAGGACACUGCUUGUUUCUAUCUAGGAGAGAUCACAAUGGCUCUGGGUCACCUCCACUCUAACGGGAUCAUUUACCGAGACCUCAAACCUGAAAACAUCAUGCUUAAUCACCAAGGACACAUCAAGCUUACUGACUUUGGUCUCUGUAAGGAAUCCAUUCAUGAUGGAACUGUCACCCACACUUUCUGUGGCACCAUAGAGUACAUGGCUCCAGAGAUCCUGACCAGGUCGGGUCACAACAGAGCCGUAGACUGGUGGAGUCUCGGAGCCCUGAUGUACGAUAUGAUGACCGGAUCGCCUCCAUUCACAGCUGAAAACAGGAAGAAGACCAUGGAUAAGAUUCUUAAGUGUAAAAUCAAUCUGCCUCCAUACCUUACCAUUGAUGCCAGAGACCUCAUCAAGAAGUUGUUGAAGAAGAGUGCAUCCCAAAGACUUGGCUCCAGUAAGGAAGACUGUGCCGAUAUCCAGAAACAUCCGUUCUUCAGGCAUAUCAACUGGGAUGACCUGCUGAAUAAGGUCGUAGAGCCGCCUUACAAGCCACGCCUGCAAUCGGACGAGGAUGUGAGCCAGUUUGACACCAGAUUCACUCGACAGACACCAGUGGACAGUCCUGACGACACAACACUCAGCCACAGUGCAGAGCUCGCUUUCGCUGGUUUCACCUACGUGGCUCCAUCCGUCCUAGAGAGUUUAAAAGAAGGUUUCUCAUUCGAACCCCGAACACGACCUGUACGCCGACACAACAGCAGUCCACGCACACCCAUCAGUCCUAUGAAAUUUUCCUCGGCGGGACCUUUCAAGACCAGCAUGGACAGAGAGCAUGAUGUUUUCCCUCCCACCUCACCACCAGCAGCUUCAGGUCAUGCCUCACUGGAAAACGGAGGGGCCAGUCAGCCGAUCCGGACUCCGGCAAGGAACAACAAGCAGAAGGGACACCGGAGAUGAGGAGAAAUCUUUCUAACAGCCAGCCUGCGAUGCAAAUCAUUGGUCAGAUUAAACAUUUUCAUAGUAAAUGGACAGUUUUUUUUUGCACUGGUUUCCUGAUUUUUAUUUGGUGUGGUUUAACUUUGGUGUGGUUUAACUAAAGCCAAAAUCAAGUGGAACGUUUUAAUUGUUUUACUGCUUUUCUCUCGCAUUCAUUUAUGAAACAGAUAAGUUAUUAUUAUGGGGGCUUUUGUUCUGUUUGUCAUCUAGAGGAAGAUUACUCCACACAGAUUCACUGGAUCAAUGUUUUUUGCUUUUACUUUGAUUUGUCUCAGGUGGUUACAGUAUUGAGAUAAGCUUUAAAAGAGGCCAUAUUAUGCUGUUUGGGGUUUUCCCUUUCCUGUAGUGUGUUCUAUAGGUUUCUGUGCAUGUAAAUGGUCUGCAAAAACUAAAAUCCAAAAGUUUCUCUCGCACACACUCCCCCCUGCCUCCUUUGUUUCAUCUGUAAGAUAAACAUCACAUGAUAGGCUAAGGGGCAGGACAUCUCUAACUUGUUGAUCAAUCAUAACACAGUUGGCCAGCAAAACAAUCAGUGCAGACUGGGCUCUGGGGUCAGACAGAGGGUGAAAGGAGGUGCUGCUGCACAGGCAGUAUGAGAAAUAUAAACUCAUACUGAACUUUUUGAACAUAAGGAUUCAAAGACUUUUAUUUACUUAGUUAUAUAAGACAUAAAACUAAUACAAAAUAAAAUACUGCAAGAAGAAACCGAGUAGAAUUGAAUAGUGUAGAUUAUGUUGAAGACCAAAGUGCAAGUAAUGAAGAUGAAGUACACUAUAUACAUGUCAUUAAAAUAAAUAAAUAAAUACAAUAAGCCAAAUAAAUGGAGGCACAAAAUACAAAUAUGAACCUGAAAAUGAGCAUCAUAUGUCCUCUUUAAUUUACAGCGUCCAUAUAUCUGCACUUAUAGUUCACACUGUGGCACUAAUAAGUGGGGAAACAAUCACAUAACACAAAAAAAGAAGAACACAUGUUUCUUCACCAACUUCACUCAAUCUAUCACGAGCAGUGAGGUUUAGGUAAAUGAUUGGUAACAGUGUUUCAUGUACAUGCUAGAACAAUCACUGUAAAGGGAAGCUGUUGCAUAAAGCUUUCUGGGUUUAAUUCAUUAGCCUUGAUUAGUACACUAGAGUCGGAAUGAACUGUGAAAAGGACCUUUAGCCAUCGGGUUAAGUUAAAAUCACAGACUUAGAUUUGUUCAUAUGUUUUGGGUGGGACUAUAUCAUAUAUCUACUGAAUUAAAGGCUGCAUCGCACAAGAAGGAAGAAGUAUUUACAAAUGAACCUAAGUGAGCUUUUCUUUGUGAAAAUAAGCUAACAGUUAUCAGUGUUUCUCAUUUCUCUGAGCUUUCUUAACAGAAUCUUCAGAACUACUGCCAAAGCUUUGAACACAUCCUGUUAUAUUGUACAAAAAGUCUAUAUUCAAAUACACUUGACAAGAGGGUUAUAUUUUAUUUAGUAAGUAGGCUGAGUAAAGACAUUGUUGCCUAAAAUAUUCCCCAUUUAUAACAAUUAAAACAUUACGUUCACAUUAACACAUACCUGAAUAUAGUUAAUACAAUGUACAGUCAAGGCAGAAUGUUAGAAGCUGUCCUCUAGAGAACUAAAUAUAAUGUGUAAAAAGUAUUUUGCGUUACUAAACAAACUAUUUUUGCACAUAAAACACGUAAAAUUGUAUUUUAAAAAACCCCAAAAUGUAAGUCCUACAUAUUAUAAAGAGUUUGAAUGUUGUUGCCUGACAUAAUCAUAAGGAGGGAUGCUGGGUUACGUCAAACACUAGUUCAGCAGCAGAUGGUUCACAGGUUAUGAAAUCAAUGAUGCCAAAAUCUUCUCAGUCUAUCGAUUGGGAUUUUUGUAUUUCUGUUUUUAGCAUAAUAGUUCAUAGUUUGAAGUAGACACAAGCAGACCCUGGCCCAUGCCACUGUCUUGUUACAGGACAAUAAAAAAACAUUUAGUCUUACAUGAUUCCUAAACCAAAUACUUAUGGCUACUGAGAGGAAAUUGUCUUCAGAAGGGAUUGUGAGUGCACUUUAAUCAGGUUACAUUAUGUUAUGGAAAUAAAGUAAAUGUUUAACUUUUCAUUAAACUGUGAACUAUACAGCUUUCAAAUCAUUCUCAUCUAGCCAGUAAUGUACAAUUAGACAUAAUGGAUAAGUUUCGUUUGGAUUAAAGAGGUGGGAAAGCUCUUAUAUUAAUAUGCUUAUAUUUGUUGGCUUAGUCAUGCAUUAGGUUUAACAUGUUGCCUCUGUGUCAUUUGGGUGUUCACUGGAGAAAACAGGUGUAAAGUAUCCCUUGAAUAGCAUAGAGACCCAAAGUGUUCAAUAUAUCAUCAAUGAAUAAUACAUCUUGAAAAAAGUAAAUGUAAAGAUGUUCAUGUUCCACAGAAGAUACAACCCUAAUUACGAUCUUCUGACUUCUGAUGCAUUACACAUUUUUGAACAGACAUUGUAUUAUAGAGGAUGAAUCCUACUGAUUUUGGUUAUUCCUUAACUUUUCCUCUGUUGCCACCUGGAGAUUGACAUUUCUCCAAGAAUUCCCAAUCCCUGCUUAUUAAUCAGCCUGAGCUGUAUUUUGUGUUAAUGCCAAUUAGCAAACGUUAGCAGGCUAAUCUGAGAUGUUAAGCAUGAUACAGAUUGCAGACUACCUUCUUAACAUCAGCAUGUUAGUAUUACAAUUGGUAUCAUGCUAACAAGCUGACUUUGGCAUUUAGCUUGCAGCUGCUGGCAUGGCGCAAAAAACUGCUGCAGUUAAAUAAAAUUGACCAGCAAAGAAAUAAUAUUUCCUAACAAUGAGCUUAGUUUUUUUGCAUUUUUCAAGUGAGCAAGAUAUGUAUUAAAAUAUCAUAGUAUGUUUUGUCUGUAUUAUUCAUAUGAUUAAUUCCUAAUAUACUCUGUAGGUAUUUAAUAUUGAGCACAUUGGGUCUCUAUAGAAUCUAAAUUCCUGUUUUCCUGCUUUGCUGCUCCUGUAGGAGCGCGGAAAAUGGGUUUCACAUUUGAUAUCUUCCUUUCGUAUGCAGUUGGUACAGUACAUGAUUAAUGCUAAUGUGCCUGAAACUGUCACAGUGCAUUGUUUCUAGUGACAUUUCAACUACGGAUACAUUAUUUGUUACUCGAGAUAAAAGGAUAUGGGGAUCUGUUUUUGUUCUAUUUUGUCUCUACUCCAAGUUGCCAAUCUUCUUGAAAUUUGCAGUUGCACAGCUGGAACAACUGUUAAAUAAUCUUCAGUUUCUGUAUUUAUUUACAAAAUUAAGGAAUAAUUCUAGAGUGAUUUUAAAGUGCUAAACUAUACGUUAAUGUUGUGAUGUUUUAAGAUUUUCUUCUUUUUUUUCUGAUGAAUGUGUUCAGAAUAAAGAUCCAGUAAUUGCUGAA